AUAGAUUCAUUAGAUUGUCGGCUGUUUAUCUUCUGGUUCAAAACUCUCUCUCUCUCUCUCUCUCUCGCUCCGGUGGGGAUCGCAGGUAGCAGAUCGAGUUUGCUAAAGGAUUAGCACCAGAUCUGGGCAAAUCAUGUCUGGAAACACACAGCGCUCCGUUUAUGUUGGUAACUUGGAUGAGAGAGUGAGCGAAAGGGUUUUGUAUGAUAUUCUUAUUCAAGCUGGGCGACUGGUAGACUUAUACGUUCCUCGAGACAAGGAAACUGCUCGGUCCAAGGGUUAUGCCUUUGCAGAGUAUGAAACUGAGGAGAUUGCAGAGUAUGCUGUUAGACUUUUCUCUGGCCUUGUGACUCUCUACAAUCGUACACUUAAAUUUGCGAUAUCUGGGAAAGACAAGCUCCUUCCUAACUUGUCUGUUGCAGUCAUGCCUGCAUCAAAUUCACCACUUAAACCAAGGCUUCAACCUCCACCAUUUGACAGAACAGAAGAUUCUGAACAUUCCACGAGAUUAUCUACCCCAGGCAGUUUUUCAGACUAUCCAGUAAAUUAUUCUGAAGUGCCAGUUUCCCAUGGUUUGAUACACCAUUCUAAUGGGUAUGGGUCAAAUUAUGAUGGCUACGAUUAUGGUUACAGUCGAAGAGUUCUUGGGGCAGCAUUGGAUAGUUUUACCCGCACUAGGUCGAGCCGCUAUGAUGCCAGUAACCCAAUCACUCACUCCUCUUACUGAUUUAUCUCAGGCUGGUUAGAGAUCAAGUCUCAAUUGUAGUGCUAAAUAUGUGAUGCUUUUGUAUUCUUUGAGCAAUUCAAGUUGUGCAGCUGUUGUGUGGGAAAUAUGCAAGGUUAGUGGAAGAUACUCCAGUGCAAUUAGAAUAGUUUCUGACAG